CGCGCGUCGCUCGCUUGCACUGUAGUUGCGGAACGCUGGACCAAUUGCUUUCGAGGGAAAAUGUGAGCGCAAGGAAUUCCCCACGCAUUGAAAACAGUGUAACCUUAUGUUAGGGAAAAAGAAAGCGACGAAACUCGCUCAGAGCUUUAAAAAGAAUGCGCUUUUAGAAGAUUCUGUCUUUGCCAAAGAGGAUAAAGCCACUUCUAUUUAACAGGACUGCAUCUGGGAGAAGGAUUCGGAUGAUGACAGAUUGCUCAGGGAUUGUUUCACUGAAAUGAUCGAAGUGUUUCUAUCACUUACUCAACCUUGAAACAUGUAAAUUAUGGCACAUUAAGAUGAAGGUUUAGAUGCCCCAGACACAGCUGGAGCGAGAAACCUCCUCCAUCACGCAGUAUCGUUGCCCUGAGUCCUCCGCCACCCUGUCCGUCAUCUGGAGGGGAAAAAAAGUCAGCAGCGUGCAGGACCAAAAAAGGGGACUCUGUUUUUACCUAACAGUGCCUCUCAUUUUGUGAAAGCAGCAGAUUACCUCAGCAGUGUUCCUGCUUCAGAGUGCUUCCUGUGCCGAGGGGUGUGGUGUGGAGCAAAGCUUUCAGGGAGUGCGUGGAGGGGUAGGAACCCUCUACCUGUCAUCCUGUGUCCUACCCUCUCUCUCUCCCUACAACACCAUGACCACUGCGGUCCAGUCAAGCGAGCUUGUCUUUGAGUUCGCCAGCAAUGGGAUGGAUGAAAUCAAUCAGCUGGACGACCCUUCGGUGUUCCCGGCGGUGAUCGUGGAACAGGUGCCUGCUGCCGACCUCAUGCAGGUGUACUCUGGACUCGAGGCAGAUGAGGUGACUAAUGGCAUUAUGGUGGAUGCCAUUCAGGAUGUGGUGGAAGAGAACAUCAUGGGAGAUGUAGGGCUGUCUGUAGAGACCUCCGUCUCAGGCGGAGAGGACAACAUGGAGACCAUCGAGGCGGCUGAGGCCCUGCUGAACAUGGAAUCUCCAAAUAACAUCCUGGACGAGAAACGCAUGAUUCACACAUAUGGGACUAUGCUGGAAUCAGACCUGACCUACAUUUCCCUGCGUCCAGAGCAGCUCUCAAACGGCUGCAUGGAUUGUCCCCUGGAUGAGGAGACGUCCUCUAUGGACGAGAUCCCUCAAAAGAACCUUUCCAAGCCUGUCAGGAAAACCAAAGUGCGCAAACCAAGACCAGUGCGGCCCUGUUCUCCCAUCACCAAUCCAACUCUCCCGCUUAAGAAGAAGAGCAAAGAGGGCAAAGGUAACACUAUCUACCUGUGGGAGUUCCUCCUGGCCUUGCUGCAAGACAAAAACACCUGUCCCAAAUACAUCAAAUGGACGCAGAGGGAGAAAGGCAUUUUUAAGCUGGUGGACUCCAAGGCCGUCUCCAAGUUGUGGGGCAAACACAAAAACAAGCCUGAUAUGAACUACGAAACCAUGGGCAGAGCGCUCAGGUACUAUUACCAGAGGGGUAUUCUGGCCAAGGUUGAAGGACAGAGGCUUGUUUACCAGUUUAAGGAGAUGCCCUCAGAUCUGGUUAUUAUUGAUGAGGAUGAUAGCCAAGGGGACGACGGCAGCUCUGGCUAUGGAGGGCACAGGUCUGCUUCUCACGGACGGGCAGUAGGCCGCGGUUCUUCGCGUGCGCAGGGGAAGAGUGCGCAGUUGAAGUCCUUGAAACGAGAGAUGAGUCCCGGUCUGAACAGCAAUGGAAAACAAGCAGAACAGAUGCUGCAGACGGUCCAUGUUCUGCAGCCAAAUCAAGGGGCUGCUGUCCCAGCACCUACACACUCCUUAAGGACUAUAAAUAUGCCAGGGUCAGUUCCCAUGGUCCUCACAUCAGGAGCUCACGGAGAAGGUUCAGUCACCCUGCAGACCCUUCCGCUGUCCUCUGUUCUGGCCAAUGGGGAUUCCUCCACUCAUACCUCACCGCCUCGGGUCAUUCUCCACACUGUGCCUUCUUCCAGCCCCGGGGGUAAAGAUGUGCUCACCAUCCAGACCGCCUCUCUGACGACAGACAGCAUUCAGCACCAGCAGCUCCUCAUGUCCACUCUGAGCUCAUCCGGUGGAGGGGUCACCACAUCACAGCAAGCCGGGUCUCUUAACGGCAUCACCCGCUUGGUCACCCUCAAUGCCAACGGGCAGCCCGUAGUGGCCCAGCAGCCCGGAACAGUCAUCGCCACUGUCUUGAAGCCCAGUGAACUUCAAAACCUGCAGGUGAAGGAGGAGAUCCUAGACCCACAUUACCUCCAAUCUCUGGUCAACAGCAACCCUAGCCUGGCCUCAUUCUGCAAAGAGGAGUUCGAGGAUGGAGUGCCGGAGCUGAGCUACAGAACUGUGAUCAUCAACAGUGCAGGACACGAACUGGGCCAGACCCUCAACGGACACUCAGACAUGAGCUCGCAGCUGGCCAGCAGCCCCAGUGAAGGCCUCACCCCUGUGGAGGAGCUGGAAGUGAGGGGACAAGUGGCCCUGCAUCCAGAACCUGAGGACAAAGAGCUGUCGGAGGUCUCUCAAGGUCUGCAGGAACUGCCCGUCACCAUGCAGAUAGCCUCCUCCCACUUCAUCCAGGUAAAAGCGGAACCGGCUGAGACCUAAAUUAUCGGCCAGGGGAAGGAGCGGAAUGUGGACACAAUCAACCAACAAAUGAGAAAAAAAAAACAAUACAGGAUUUUUUUCAGUGGAGCAGAUGAUUUGUAAUUUAUUGCUCUUGAUUGUUUAGAAUGGGCGUUUACCCCGAGGACUUGUUUACUCAGUUAUUGUGAUAUUGUGCCUAAAUUUUAACCUUAAGGGAUACCGAUCAUGAUGUCAUGAUGAAAGCUCUUUGGUUUACUCUCCGUCACCUCCAAACUCCCAACAGGAGAGAAGCCAUUCUCCAACCAGGGAUAUUCCCACCGUAUGUGCCAGUCGAGAUGUUUCUGUCUCUUCUCGUCUCCACAGACAAAUCCAAAGACUUGAUCCUACAGAGGGACCAAAGGAAGAGUUGGUGGGAAGCCAAAAUGAAACCAACAACACACCAUUGACUUUAGGAUUAAAAUGCACACUCGCAGUUGCUUGGGACGUACAAGAUGGAGACUAUUUUUUUGUUUUUUUUCGUAUGUAGCCAUCUCAGUGGACUUCAAAAGGAUGCCUAUUGGAAUAAGACUGAAAGAGUGCCUAGGUGGUUAAUGCUUUGUUGUGGAUGUGAUGUUUUGAAGGGGAAGAUUGUAUGAUUCGCUCUGUUUUUAAUACAGAAUUAUGACAUUAUCUCACCCCCUUCAUACCGGCAGAACAGACGAGGUUAUUUUUUUCACAAAAAUUUAAUGGAAAUGGGCAUUGUCUGUCCAAGGAGACAGAUCUAGUAGACCUUGUUUGUAUAUAGUAAAAGACUAAAGAAUAUAGUGACGAAUUCCAAAAUCAUCUGCUUAAGUAUUUCCCCAUUAUAAUCUUGUUCAUAUGAAAUGGCACACAGUAUAUAUAAAUAUACAUAUAUAUAUAUAUACACACACAUAUAUAUAAAAAUACAACUGAGAUUCAAUUUAUGGCCACAAAUUUAUUUAUUUUCUAAAUUUCUAAAUUCUGUGUAAAAAGUCUUUUUUAAACAAAUGCAAAUAUGAGGGAAAAUAUGCAGUAUGUAGGGCUAAUCUUACCCAUAAGAAUCCAGUAUGUGUGCUUAUUGCGAGCUGUAUUUUUCCAAUUUAAAGCAUUCCAUGUAAUCUUGCAAACCUUUCAUAUUUUAUCUAUUUUUCAAUAUAAGGGUAUCCGAACGUAGCUUUAUGAGAUUGAGCUAUCAUGCUGUUCUUAUUCACUGUGAUGUGUUUAAAGCCAUUUUUACAGAGCAUACGUGCUAUAAAUGCGAUGUCCUUUGGUUUUCUGCCUUUACGCUGUCAUACUUUUACCCUGUAUGAACCACAUAUCGUUCGACUGAUGCCUUAAAUGUCUGUUUUUCAGAUCACAGAUUGUCUCAGACAAAGCUGGUGUGGUCUGUGACAUUUUAGGUCGAUUUUUAAAAUGUAUUUAUUUGUGGCAGGUGUAGUCCGUGGCCUCCAUUCUUUUUUCACCUCAUUUAUAUCCAAUGAAUCCAGAGCAGAGUCUCUUAAUAGCAGCUGCUCCACAAGUAAAUCUCCAAUAAAUUUGUGCUAAAUUGGAAGAAGUGACUGAAGUUGUUGAGGACCGGGCUCCCUGAAGGCAAGACGCUGAUCUUAGGAAUCAGGCCUGUGCCUCUAAUUCUGUUUGACUAACACCAGAGUUCUGGUGCUGCUCUGACAAUCGUGGCUACAGCUUGUAUUAUGCAAGAUUACGUCAAUAAGACAAUCGGUCUUCAGAUUUGGUCUUGUUUACCGUAGGCUUUACGCUUUGUAGUUUUGGGGUAAAGGUAUGCCAGCCAGUGCUCUCCCUGUAAUUUCAGCUUGCCUUUUCUUGGGGCUUUCCUAUUUUUCCAAUUGUCUUUUAGUAUACUAGAUUUUGUUUUUCUAAAAAAAAAAAAAAGAGAACCAAAAGAGAAUAAAUAUAAUAAAAACCAAUUUUGCCUUAA